UUUCUUUAACUCAUCAAGUAUCACCUUAGAGAGCACAUCGGUUCUUGAAAGAAGAAGAAGAAGCAAUCUAACCAACUGUUGAGAGAGAGAGAGAGAGAGAGAGAGAGAGAGAGAAGUUAGUCAUUGUUGUGGUGCGCCUACAUUUUCACUUAUAGUUGAUGUGGUGAGUUAUUUUUUGCACAUGAACCAAUAGAACCUAAUAUCAUAGGGUUGGUAGUGUUAUAAAACUACCUCAUAUUACUCCUUUGUACUAAUGGUACAUCACAGCAGAGAGAGAGAGGGAGAGAGGAAGAGAGAGAACAAUGGCUGUUGAGAUGAAAAAAACUCCAGACCUUCCAUGGAGAAUCAGAAUAUUCUUUACCGCUCUUGGCUUUGUCACUGACCGUUGCCGCCGUUCCGAUGGCACUAUGAAUCGUUCCGUGAUGAGCCUGUUCGACUUCAAAUCCCAAGCUGGUUCCACCAAAGGCGUCACCUCCUCCGACAUCACUGUGGACCGUUCUCGCAACCUCUGGUUCCGCAUCUAUACCCCCACCGCAAGUGGCACCACCGUUGCUUCCAAACUCCCUGUGAUAUUUUACUUCCAUGGCGGGGGAUUCAUCCUUUUCGGCCCGAAUUCAAGGCCCUUCGACGAACUCUGCCGCCACCUCGCUGGCAAACUCCCUGCCAUCGUUGUCUCCAUCAACUACCGCCUCGCGCCAGAGCACCGGUAUCCCUGUCAGUUUGAGGAUGGCUUUGACACCCUGAAAUUCAUAGACAGUAAUUCUUCACUUUUACCACCCAACGCUGACCUCAGCCACUGCUUCUUUGCUGGUGAGAGUGCUGGAGCCAACAUUGCCCACCAUGUGACGCUCAAAGCUGCCGUGCACGAUUUCAGGAAGCUUAAAAUCGUUGGACUGAUAGCCAUACAACCCUACUUUGGCGGGGAAGAGCGUACUGAGUCUGAGCGUCGACUCACCCAAGUACCGAUUGUGAACGUAGAGCGAACCGACUGGUCAUGGAAGGCCUUAUUGCCAGAAGGUUGUGACAGAGACCAUGAGGCUGUGAAUGUCUUUGGAGGGCCGAAAUCGAAAGAUAUUUCGAGUUUGAAGUUCCCGGCAACGUUGUUGGUUGUCGGAGGGUUCGACCCGUUGCAAGAUUGGCAGAGGAAAUACCAUAUGGGACUGAAGAAAUCUGGGAAAGAAGUUUACUUAGUGGAGUAUCCGAACGCAAUCCAUGGUUUUUAUCUGUUUCCGGAGUUGCCUGAUUUUACUCCGUUCGUUACAGAGGUUAGACGUUUCAUUCAAAAGCAAUCAGAGUCCAUUUAAAAGAUCUGAUCGACUGACAUUCCAUGCGGAUGUGUGUGUUGUUGGAG